CAUGUCCGAUCGCUGGAUUCAAUAAUCAAGACGGAUGAAACCGCUCUUGUCUUUAACACCCGGCCGGGAACACUUCCGGCCGCAUCAGUCCUUCCGGGGGUGCCAAGUGGACCUAUUCAUGAAGUCAUUGAGGCGGAAACUAGUGAGGAAACUGCCUCAGCACGCAGUCGAAAGCGAGGUAUCAAAAGAAGGCACGAACCGGAACUACUCCCCGAAGCACCUCCCAUUGUGAAUGCCAGCCCGACACCUUUGCCACAGCCGAUCACACUCACAACUGCGGCCCCUGUCAUGCCUGUGGACCCGAACGAGCCAAGAUACUGUUAUUGUACCCAAGUCUCGUAUGGCGAAAUGGUAGCGUGCGACAAUGAGGACUGCGAAAGAGAAUGGUUCCACUAUGGGUGUGCCGGCCUUAAGGAAGCUCCCAAACACAAAUGGUAUUGUCGCGACUGUGAGGUCUUACUGGGGAAAGUCAAGAGACGGAAAUGAAUUCGUUAGGCUCACCCCCUUUACAUUGUGUGCAUUAUUGCAGAGUAAUAUCGAAAUUGUGUCGUGUUUAAUACUGUACCCGAGUCGUCUUCACAAAACCAAUAAUGUACAUAGAAGUAAUCAUAAGAUAGGGCAGAAUAUGGAAGUUGGUCAUCUUUUUA